GGUUACAAAAUAAACGUAUUAAUUGGUUAUGUCUUGCUCUGUCAAUGCUCUGUUCUUUAGAUAGCCAUGCUGCCGAUUAGUGGUUUAUUCCAAAUAUUGAUCCUUCUUCUUGAUCAUUUUUAUACUUGAAGAAAGCAGAACUAUUUUGAUAAUUUAUUUUCUGUUGUAAUUUAUUAUUUUUUCAUGAAUCAACUUAUUUUAUAGAAAUUAUACAAAAAUAAUUUUGCACAUCGCUUCAAAUGCUUCUAGAAACUUCCAUGAAAGAUGAUGUAAUUUUUCUCAAUAUUGGACUAGAUUUGAAUUUAUUGUGUUUAGUAUUAAGGUAAAAAAUUAUUUUACAAAUUUCAAAUUGAAAAGCUUUUAACAAUCCAAAAGCUUAUUACAAAAAUAGAAAUUAAUAAUUAUUGCUCACAUUUUCAAACUACAGCGCGAGCGCAACUAGCGGCAAAUGAAAUUAAAAAUUAUAAUCUUCUUCUUCCUCAGUCUGUAGAAAAAAUUGUUGAAUCUUGAACUCCGUGGUCGUGGUCACGCUGUGCCGCAAAGCUCGUUUUUCCCAAGUAAACGGAGGUUAAAAAUUUUCAAGAUAAGCACAUUUUUUGACUGAAUUUCCUGUUAACCCCAAUUUGAAAUAAUGGCUUUUGCUAAACAAGUUAUCAAGAAACUAGUACCUAUGUUUGAUAGGGUAUUAGUUUUACGUGCAGAUGCAGUAACCAAGACCACGGGAGGAAUAUUAAUACCAGAAAAAUCACAAGGAAAAGUUCUUCAUGGAACUGUUAUCGCUGUUGGCCCAGGAGCUAGAAAUAAUAAUGGAGAGCUCGUCCCCACCCAAAUCAAAGUAGGAGACCAAGUGCUGUUACCGGAAUAUGGUGGUACCAAGGUCGAGUUGGAGGAGAAUAAAGAAUACCAUUUAUUUAGAGAAUCAGAUAUUCUAGCCAAACUAGAAGUAUGAACAAUGCGUACCAUGAGUUUUGUGUAAUAUAUUUGUAGAGACAUUUCCAUUCAUAUUGUUAUAAGAAAUGAUCGUCAAAAACAUUCAUCUGUAGCUGAUAACUUCAUUCAAAGAAUGUCGUCGUUGAUCUUUCUGUUUGUUGUUUCGAAUGCAAAUCAAUAUGUUAUUGGUUCCUGAACUGAUUUUUUACGUUUGUUAUUAGUUGGUGCAGUCUCAAAUUCUAAUAAAAGAACUAAUUAUGUA